AAAAUUGACUAUAACACGAGACCAGAAAACUCAGAUGCGUCGACCAGCGAACAUGUCAAUUACAAGAUCGUCACGGCCAAUUCUCUUGAAAGCAAUGUGGAACCGCCACGAAGAGUCAAGAUGCUCGUACGCGACUACAUCGAAGACGCGUUGUACAACCCGAACUAUGGCUAUUUUCCGAAGCAGGCUACUAUCUUCUCGGGCUUAGAAGAAGUAAUUGAUUUUAGCAAAAUCCGAGAUGGAAACGAGUUUCAAGAUGUUGUAGCCAAAAAGUACGAGAGUUACGGGAAGGAUGGAGAUGGACCAGGUCGACAAAUCUUCCAUACGCCCACAGAGUUGUUUCGUCCGCACUUUGGACAAGCAAUAGGGCAAUGCAUAGUCUCCGAGUACCUUCUGAAGUAUUUUCCCUAUGAGGAUCUGAACCUUUACGAGAUCGGUGCUGGAAACGGGUCUUUGGCAAUGGAUGUUCUGAACUUUAUUCAAGACCGUCAUCCUGAGGUCUAUGAACGGACGCGUUACACUAUCAUUGAAAUCAGUGCUAGCCUUGCAGAGAGACAAAGACAGAGCCUCAGCUCCGUGCAUGAUUGCGUAGAAGUUGUCAACAAGAGUAUCUUCCGUUGGAAGAGAGACGAACCUGCACCUUGCUUUAUAGUGAUGAUGGAGGUUAUUGAUAACUUUGCUCAUGAUAUGAUUCGUUAUGACUUGAAGACAUUGGAACCUUACCAGGCUUUCGUCAGCAUAGACGAUGGAGGGGACUUCCAUAUGCACUAUACUCGCAUCACGGAUCCAUUGAUGUCCUCGUUCCUCUCAAUGAGACUAGCACUGGGUCAUCCGCCACCUCUGCCAGCAAUCUUUCGUUCAUCCCGACGAUUCAGGAAUUUAUUCUCGAAUUUCCCUUUCGUGCCCAAUCUCUCACAACCGGAAUACAUCCCAACUCGCCUUUUAUCACUAUUAUCUACUUUACGGACAUAUUUCCCGUUGCAUCGUCUCAUCUUGUCAGAUUUCGCGACAUUGCCGGACACUGUACCGGGCUACAAUGCUCCCGUCGUCCAGACGCGAUACAAAAACACAAUGGUACCUUGCAGGUCUCUGUUCGUCAGACAAGGCUACUUCGAUAUUUUCUUCCCGACGAACUUUGAACAACUACGGGAUAUGUACGAGCACGUCCUAGCUCGCCCUAAUCCAAGCAUGUCGGGCGGACCCUCCGCAUCUGAUCUCCCCAUUCCACCGCCGCCGCGUUCUAGUCCGCUUUGGCAUAGCGUUUCCCCUCUCACGCUAGGUUCCGAAUUCUUCUCUUCUCGCCCUCCAAAUAGACGCUCACCCCUCGAUGGAGUGGUUUCUGCGAGUGGGUUGCCAGUGGGCGAGCGAAAAUCCAGUGUCUUCACGCACAAAGAGUUCAUGGAGACCUACGCAGACUUGGAGCGGACUCGACUCAGAAACGGGGAGAACCCAAUGUUGGAUUAUUAUAAGAAUGUCAAGUUCUUGUUUUAAUUGGGGUUAUUUUGUGUAGAUUAUACUGCAGGCUCUGCUGUCUCGUUCAUUUGUCAAUUUGUCGUCAGGAUUUCAUGAUGUACACAUAGUAAUGGAACAUUUCUCCGAGCUCUCGAAUCUCCAUCGUUGUGUUGGGUCUUGUUAAGAAUCUCUUUCGGAAGUGUGGUUGACCGAAUGUGAUGUACAGGAAAACGCCACCUUUCUUUAGGACCCUCAAAACUUCAUCCACUUCUCUGGUGCAAUCAUUAAUUACUUGCUCUGGUGGAUCCCAAACAUCCCCCUUGGAAGACAUCAUGGCAUCCAUAGUCCCUUUGUCUAUAGCCACGUCAAAUGUUGAGUCUUCAAACGUGAGGUUCCUAACGUCCAUUUCGUUCCAUGUCAUUGACGGUCUUGAAUUCUUGUACCUUUCACGCAUUUGUUCAAUCACGACGGCCGAAUAGUCCACAUUUACUAUGUUAUGGUACCCAUCGUCGUACAUCUCUUCAGACAGUUUGGAAUUUCCACAUCCAAGCAUUAGUAUUCUUGACUCCUUGGUGGGAAUGACUUGUUGGAUAAUGUGUGCUAUGUCGUUGUAGCUUUUAAACCAAUCGAAUGUCGCUCCAUCGGCCUCC